CAAACAUACCUUAUGAUGUUCUGUGUUGUGUUCAGGCUCAAGAAGAAUUUGAAAUCCUUCAUUAUUCUCCAUCCGUCGUGGUUCAUCAGGACAAUACUGGCCGUCACCAAGCCCUUCAUCAGCACUAAGUUCAGCAGUAAGAUUAAGUACGUGAACAGUUUGGACGAGCUGCAGGAAACCAUCCCCAUGGACAGCAUCCAGAUCCCAGAAUGCAUCAUUACAGUCGACAAGGAGCUGAAGGAAGCAGCAGAGAACUCAAAGAGGAAUAGUUUUCUGAUGGGAUUGGAGUCAACAACAACAACAACAACAGCAGCAGCAGCAGCAGUAGGAGGAAGAGGCAGAACAGACAGACCAGGCGCAGCGGGGGCCAGCAGCUCUUAAACCCACACGGGUCUUCAAUGUCAAAGUUGUAUUGUACGGGUAAAGCUGGAAAUCAGAGGCCUGUAAAACUAGUGUGUGUGUGUGUGUGUGUGUGUGUGUGUGUGUGUGUGUGUGUGUGUGUGUGUGUGUGUGUGUGUGUGUGUGUGUGUGUGUGUGUGUGUGUCAGUGUUUGUCAAUUAGACACUGGAGUUGAAUAUGAAAACACAACUAGUUAAAACUCAAGAGUUAGAUCUGGUUCUCUGUGGAGCGUCAGAGUCAGAGCUACAGCUCGUGGUUCACGGUAGGAUAAGAAAUAAGAAAUGCAAUUACACACCGGACAGUGCACUGCGCAAAUCCAUUUGUAGAGUCUAGUGUUGUGGUCGUGUGCAUGAGAAGCAGUGAAGCAAUAAUAUCACCCUUUACUGGUCACUCAGUAUUUCAAAUUUAAAAAAAGCCACUUGUGUGUUAGCAAUCCACAAUAAAAGCACAAGGUGAAGCCAAAAAUACAAAAGCCUUGUGCCAUAGAUGACCAACUGUUGCAUUUAAGCAAUCCAUUACUCUGUCUUAAAACUACUUCUAAACAUUUAGAGCUAAGGAGUUAAAUAGAUAUUAUAUAGAGUCUUUAUGAAACUAAAGAGAGUUAUGGCGCUUUUCCACUGCACGGCUUAGUACGGUAUAGUUAGGCCUUGGUAGGCCAGGCUCACUUUAUGCUGCG